AUGAAAAACUCAAACAAAGAUGUCCCUCCAGGAUCUGAAGAUUUGAUACCCACACAACAAAGGAAAAGAAAGAGAAGAUCAAACAACAAUGAAUCAGAGAAUUCACAGCCCUGUACUUCUAAUAUGAACAACACUGGAACUUCAAUUCCUCUUAGCAAAGCUUUUCCAAGGGUUCUAUCUGAUAUCUCCAAUAUUCAUCAUAAAAUACCAUCCUCGACUAUUUCUAUUGGAGCCAACGAUGCUACUGAUAAUGGAAUAGAUGAGAAUGGCCAAGGAAAAAGAUUGAAGAGAAAUUCCCAUAAGUCGAUGUCACAAUCGAGCAAUCAAACUACCGUCAACAACAUCGUUGGAGGAUCUAGCAAUGUUUCAACAACUCUUAAGAGAAAGAGAUCGGCAACCAAAGAUGUCACUGACCAUACACCCUCUACGUUUUCCAGAAAGAAACACAAUGCCAAAUCAGGGGUUCUAACUGAUAUUUCCAAUGUACUUCCUACACCCACUACCUUCCCUGGUCAAUUUGGAACAUCUUCUACAAGUCGUUCAUCUAAAGGGAAGGGAAAGGUACUUGCUGGAGAUGACAAGUUCGAGAGUAUAACUAUAACCAAGAGUGUUAGGAAAACAUUGGAAGCCCAAUUCGAUGGUUGUGUAGAUGAUAAUCCUUCAAGUGAGGAUGAUGAGGACCAACCAUAUCAGUGCGACUAUGAAGAAGAGUCUGAAUUAUACAACGAACAAGUCUAUGACUGCAGUAGCGAAGAAAGUGACACAAGCGAUUCAGAAACUAUAGGAUGCGACCCUAUGUUAUCUACAGAUGCUUCAUGUUACAUUGAUGACGGUGAUCCUACUUUCAAAUGUGAGCAUUGUGGGGCUAUUAUGUGGUAUGGUGAAAGGAUAAACAACAAAAAGAACACCCGUAAACCCAAAUUUGCUCUUUGUUGUGGUCAAGGACAAGUCCAACUUCCACUGUUAAAGGAUUCACCAGCAACAUUGAAACAAUUACUUUCUGGAAAUGACGCAAAAAGCAUAUACUUCAGAGAUAACAUUCGCCAGUUAAAUAUGGUUUUCUCAUUUACAUCCCUUGGUGGUAAAUGCGACCGCUCAGUUCCGAAAGGAUGUGGCCCUCUAAAGAUGUUUGUACUUCAAGGAGAGAACUAUCAUUUGAUGGGUAGUUUAAAGCAUCCUCCUGGGGACCCUGCUAAGUUUGGACAGCUCUAUAUUGUCGAUACAGAAAAUGAAGUUACUAACCGUGCUUCUAUAAUUGGAAAGUACAGGAAAACUUCGGAAACAUCUAAAAAGGAGACAAUUCGGAAACAAGUUAUUGAGUUAUUAAUGAAGAUGCUAAACGAGGUCAAUCCAUAUGUCCAUCAAUUUAGAUCAGCAAAUGAUAGAUUUGACACUAAUCCAGAGGACACAUUCCAUAUGCGCAUUAUUAGCAGUCGUGCAAAAGAUGGAAGGACAUAUGACACUCCUACAGCAUCAGAGGUUGCAGCAUUAAUUCCAAGAGAUUUUAAUUUGGACAUGGAUAAAAGAGAUAUCGUGCUGCAAGAGAAACAAACUGGUUGGCUAAAGAGGAUUAGUGAGAUUCACCCUUCUUACUUGGCACUUCAACAUCCUCUGAUAUUUACUUAUGGUGAAGAUGGCUUCAGACUUGGGAUAAAAAAGAGAGAAACAGAAGCUACUGCUAAACUAAAGAGGCAGAAUAUUAGUAUGAGGCAGUGGUAUGCAUUUCGUCUACAAGAAAAGGAGAAUGAGUGUCAUACACUUCUGCAUUCAAAACGUUUGUUUCAGCAGUUUUUGGCUGGAAAUGCGGGAAAGAAGGAUAUGCAUGACCAAGGAGAGCGAUUUUUGCUACCAGCCUCAUUCACAGGAGGACCAAGAUACAUGAAGAACAACUACAUGGAUGCAAUGGCUAUAUGCAAGUAUUUUGGGUUUCCUGAUCUGUUUAUAACAUUCACUUGCAAUCCUAAAUGGCCUGAAAUAACCAGGUAUCUACAAAAGAGGAACAUUAUUGCUGAUGACAGACCUGAUAUUAUUGGAAGGAUUUUCAAAAUCAAACUUGAUUUUCUCAUGAUUUAUUUAACGGAUAAAGAACUGCUGGGGAAGACAGUGUCAUCUAUGUACACCGUUGAGUGGCAGAAACGUGGGCUACCACAUGCACAUAUUCUGUUGUUCAUGCAUGCUUCCUCUAAAUUUCUUACCACUGAUGACAUUGACAAGGUUAUCUCUGCUUGA